UAUGGCGAAGUUUUCAGAAAUAUCAUCCGAUAAAAUAAGGUAUGUAUAUUUCAAAUAUUAUAAAAGUUGGUAAGAUGGAAAAGGUUAUUAUAAAAAUGAUGGAUAAUUAAAACAUUUUGUAAAAUUAAUAGGUCUUUUGAAAUAAAUACUUGUUGCAAACAGGAUGUGAGUU